AUGCCGGCGUCCGCGGCGAGGACCCGCGCUGCUGCGAUCAAGCAGUUGUUCUGCGAUUUCGAUAUUCGUGGCAAGUUCGUCGGGCCCUGGAUUAAUCAGAAGUGGAUCGUGCGGUUGCUGCUUACGAAGAGGUGCCGUCUCACGGUGCUUGUGUUUUGCGAGAGCACUGAGUUAGGCCCCGGCUGGUACCGGCGCCGCUGCUCGCGGGCCGCGCCCUCCGCUGCAAGGCCAGGCUUCUCCGCCCGAGCGCGCUCCCCCCCUCGCGCCGGUACUGUCCAGGCUAACCACGACCACGUCCACGGCCUUCGCGGCGCCCUGGCGGGCCCAGACGACGUCAAGGACCGCCGUCUCGACGCGCGCCGUCUCAACACCAUCCACGACGGAUCGGCGGGUCCUCUGCCACUGGGGCACAGUCUGUUCCUUCUGGACUCAUGCUGGGGCGCGCCGGGCAAGCCAGCGGGCCAGCAGGUCGCGAAUGCGAUCGUGUCGCGCCACGCGGUGCCCUCCCGUCUCGCGCGCCAAGGCGCGGUGCUGGUCGGGUUCCAGAACCGCUCCGCAAAGCACCACCUCUCCGGGAUGUGUUUCGACAGUGCGUCUGCGGCGACCGCGCUCGCUUUGGUCCAGGCCAGCUUUGGCGACGCCCGCAACCACUUCCAUCCACGGGCCCACCAGGUCCUUCUGUCGGUGGCGCUCUCCCUGGGCCAGCGACGUCUGCAGGCAGUGGGCUGCGCCGACCGAAGCAUUGUACGUCACCGCAGCGGUUUCAAGUCCCUGCGUGCCCGCAGCGCGCGCGGCGAGAAGAGCCUCGGCGCCGGUGGCCCCAAGCGCCGCCGCAACCCGCGGAGCAGCGUCGAGCCACGCGGCGAUGUGCGCCGCCUCCCGCCGAGGCUCGGCCGCGCGAGCCGCGAGACCGCCAUCCCAGAGGGGCAAACAGGACUGCACCCACUCCCGAUCGGUCCUGUCGACGCCCAGGAGGUCAUUCCAGGGGCCGCGAAGCACCGUGUCGCAGGCCCGGACGGCCACCAGGUCCUGCAGACCUUCGGCCACUACGCGGCCCUGGCCGACCCGCUCAACAGGACCAGCCUGAGCUCCCUGAAGUUCCGCCGCUUCCUCCGGGACUGCGGCCUGCUGAGCAGCGAGGCGAGGCGCCGCUCUGCCAGCAGCAGCGCUGGCCCCCUGGGCGGCGGCGAGCCGCGCCGCUGCACCGAGGCGUCCCUCGGGGGCUCGGCGCCCGGCGGCCUCCUCAGGAGCGGCUCCCUCGGCCCCGCGCGCCGUGGGUCGGCGUCGCUCUCGGUGUCCAGGGGCGGCCUGGCGAGCGGGCUGCCGCUGCGCGUCUUCGGGAAGGCGCUGCUGACCGAGGUGCAGGCCGACCUCCUGUUCGUCCAGGCUCGGCGGAGUGGUAGCAUGGGCCCAGCGCGCGGCGGCGGCGGCGGCGCCGUGGCCAGGGCGCCCGGGAAGCAGCUGGGCGUGGAGGGCUUCCGCAAGCUGCUCCAAGACCUGUCCCAGAGGUGCGCCCCGCACCUCCGGCCAGCGGGCGCCGACCCGGCCAGCAGCUCGCUGGAGCUCUUCUGCGGGCAGGUGCUGGGGCCCCUGAACCAGCUGCUGCUGGAGGCGUCGGGCUCCGAGGCCGCCGCCGCGGCGAGGACGAUGGAGUCGCCGGAGGCCGUGCUCCUCCUCCGGCGCGCUCGGCCCGGGGUCGAGCGCCUCUUCGCCGCCUACGCCUCGGCCGCGCCGGGGCGGGAGCCCGCCUGGAGCGUGGAGGCGACGGCGAGGUUCGCAGAGGACUUCCACGUGUCGCAGGAGCUGGGCCCGCUGACGGUGCAGAGGGCCUUCCAGGACUGCAUCCACCACGAGGGCUGCAGGAGCGGCGGCUCCGACGCGGAGCUGUCGGCCGCGACGCUGGAGCUCGUGCUGGUGCUGCUCGCGCAGAAGCUGCACGGCAGCCAGCAGGGGGCGACCCCCCUCGAGAAGGUGCUGGAGCUCUUCCGCCUCAUGAACGGCAUCGCGUCGAGCUCCGGGUUUGCGGGCCGCUCGUGGCCGCCGCACGAGCAGCUGAUACCCGUGCCUCUGGCCAGGCGGGCGUCCGCCGACUCGCUGACCGCGGCGCCGAGGGCGUCCCGGGACGCAGGCGACAUGACGUGGGCGGACAUGCUCGUCGGAGACGAGGCGCCCUGA